AUGUUAAUUGCUACUCUUGUUCUAUUGACUAAAACAACUACAACAACUAAAUGUGUUUCACCUUAUGUGCAAGCAUCAUCUGGAAUUUGUGUUAAUAUAGUUAUUGAUAUUAAUAAUUGUGGGAAACUUAAUAAUGUAUGUCGAUCGAAUUUCACAAGCUGGUCAGCUGGUCUAUGUAGUAAUUUGACGAGUAUCAAAUUGAUUAAUGGGACAUGUAUUUGGUCAGCUUCUGUCAAUGGAUUUAUUGAUGAUCAAAGUUUUACUGUAGCUGUACCAUUUAAUAUAACUCUUUAUAACACAACAACAAAAUCCGUUUCAGUAACAACGAAUGGCGUUAUUUGUCUUUCAAGUUGUUCGACUGCUUUCACCGAAACUGCUCUUCCUGCUAGUGCAUUUUCUGGCGCAACAGCUCUACCAUUCUGGAAUGAUCUAUACAUUUCUGCAAACACAUCUCAAGGCAUCUACUAUGAUACACAAGGAAUUGCUCCUAAUCGAACGCUUAUCUUUGAAUAUUACUCUAGUCAUUAUCAGCAACCGACUGAUUACUGCAAUUUUCAAAUCAUACUCCAUGAAAAUGUGCCUGGCGUUGUACAAUUUAUUUAUUAUGAAGCUACUGAUGGCGGUGUUUCUGCGACUAUUGUUGUUCAAGGCUCAAGUAGUGGCCCAUUUAUACAAUAUUCAUUUGAUCAAGCAAACUCUGUGGCACAAAAUAUGGUUCUCACAUUCGAUACCAAUACUGGAACAUACAGUAGUGCGAACAUUGGAUAG